CAUUUAGAGACUGUGCAUCUCCCGUGCGUCUCCAAAGCGACACUGUUCUCCAAAACACAAAAGCAGCAUUACGCACGGCGAUGUGACAGCAGAGGAAUGACUUUACUCGUGGAGCCUCGGACUGUAAACUCUGUUCAUCUCACAGAUGUUUGCAGAACUCUGUGUGCCGGUCGGGACUAUUUGGAAGACCUGUGAUGAAGAGUUUGCUAUUUCAGGAGAUACAUUUGUGUACGUGCUGUGUCUUAUGUGGGUUACACUGUGACACUGUGUGUCCUGACCAGGAGCGUUACGCGCAACGUAGCUCCAUGUGUUAGUGGAAAGCAGCUUAGCGCACCCAAUCUUCGCUGUUUUGGAAAGGAAAUGGGUGGAAAACAACAAACAUGAUACGAAAGGACAAAGUGGAACCAGGAUGGAUUUAACUCAGUUAAAUCUGUCGGUGGAAAACGUUUCCAACAAUGAAAACACCACGGACGCACCGGGUACCUUGCCACACACGGAGGCAGCUACUGCGCUCAUCAUUCUGGUGGUUUCUGUGAUCAUUUCGGUGACCAUUGUCGGUAACGUGUUGGUGAUUGUAGCGGUGCUGACCAGCCGGGCUCUCCGUGCGCCCCAGAACCUUUUCCUGGUGUCUCUGGCAUCAGCGGACAUUCUGGUGGCCACGCUGGUCAUCCCUUUCUCCCUCGCCAAUGAGGUGAUGGGUUACUGGUACUUUGGAAGUACUUGGUGCGCCUUCUAUCUUGCUCUGGACGUUUUGUUCUGCACUUCAUCCAUCGUGCAUCUGUGCGCCAUCAGCCUGGAUCGCUACUGGUCAGUGACCAAGGCGGUCAGCUACAACCUGAAGCGCACACCAAAGCGCAUCAAGUCCAUGAUCGCUGUAGUCUGGAUGAUAUCUGCUGUCAUCUCUUUCCCUCCUCUUCUCAUGACCAAACACGAUGAACGGACGUGUCUACUGACCGAUGAGACCUGGUACAUCCUCUCCUCCUGCAUGGUGUCCUUCUUCGCUCCGGGUCUCAUAAUGAUUCUGGUUUACUGUAAGAUAUAUAAGGUGGCCAAGCAGCGUUCCUCCACUGUGUUCGUGGCCAAGAACGGCCUGGAGAGGCAACCAUCUCAGUCCGAGACCUGUUUCGUCAGGAAGGACCGCUUCGAGAUGGAAAGCCCCAGUAGCCAGAGCUCCGGCAGCCACCAACAGAGGCAAGGGGAGUUGGAUGACAUAGACCUGGAGGAGAGCUGUUGUGCGUCGGAUACUAAACCCCGUAAUCAUCGCUUCACAAAGCGAAGGAAAGUGGAGGGGUCGGACUGCUGCCCUCCUCAGAACUGCCGUCUCUCCUGGGCUUCAGCCCGGGCCUUACAGCUCUACCCGGAGCAGAAGAACGCAGCUGCGCGACAACAGCUGGCUGCGGCCAACAAAACCAAAGUGGCCCAGAUGCGGGAGAAACGUUUUACCUUCGUACUGGCGGUAGUGAUGGGAGUGUUUGUCCUGUGCUGGUUCCCUUUCUUCUUUACAUACACCCUGCAUGCAAUCUGCAGAGACAGCUGCUACAUCCCUGGUGCACUAUUCAACCUUUUCUUUUGGAUUGGCUACUGCAACAGUUCUGUGAACCCCAUAAUAUACACCAUAUUCAACAGGGAUUUCAGGAAAUCCUUUAAGAAAAUCAUCUGCAGAACUUCUAAACGCACAUAAACACAGAAAGGGACAAACCUGUUUAUGCCACUCUCACUCAACAGUGGAAGGAUUUAUAUUGUUAGAACUCAUUCUUCUUGGCUGGCUGUUUCCCUCCCCAGAAUCAUUUCAAUGUGCUACUAUCAUAAUGAAAAAAAAAGAAAAGGAUCCAGUGUUGUGUUAAAGUCUAUGAAUAAAAUGUAAAGUUUAGCAAAGCAAAAAGAGAAAUAUUUGUAGUGUUUCAGUGUUGCAAACUUGAUGCAAGCAUCAAACAUGGUCUGCUAUUUAAUCUUUAGCUACAUUCAUGUCACCUGGGAUAUGCAAAGUUGUAAUAUAUAGGUCAUUGUAUAAUAAGUCCUAGCAAACCUGCACCUUUGAACACAAAAUCCCUGUAUUAUAUCAAUCUUUUAGGCUGCAGCAAGGAGGAGAAAAGCUACUUUAGUGUAAAUUUGAAGUCAUGAAUGUAGCUGGAUUCCCAGGGCUGGCGGCUGGCUCACAGUGGGUGUUUUGUGUAGCGAUAAAUAGAAGAUUAAUCUCCACCAUCUGUAAAAUAUGAGCAUGGGGAUAAGCAGACAACCAGGUUUUACCUGAUUGUGUGUCAUGUAAAAAAAAAAAAUCCUAUCAAUGAAAUGAUUUAAACAGAAUUUAUCAUCAAGUGUAGAAGAUUGCAUGGUUGAAAUGUUCGAUUUUAUUACAGGUAAUUCAGAUACAUUUAUCUUUGUUAGAGCUCCAUUGAGACUUUCAGCCAUUUCUUAUCAGUGACGCCACAGACUUGCAUAACAGUCUCAAGAGUCUAAUCUCACAGCCCCACCACAACAUCGCACCACCUUACACCAGAACAAUGGCCAAGCUGAGGCCUACGUGUGUUAAGUGUAUUGGAUAAAUCUGUGUAUUUCAUUUCAAUGAUUCAGUGUUUUGUCAGUAAAUAUUUAAACCUUGUGAAAUCACAAUUCUGCCAUACAACCUGAUUUCAGUGUCAUGGGACAGAGAUCAGAUCAGGGUGACAUUGUCCAGCAGUAUGACUUUCAUUGUGUUGUAAAACGUUUUUAUUCUCCUACAAAUAAAUUGUUACUGGGAAGGUGAGAAAAAGGAA